AUGAAGGUAGUCGGCCUUGUCGCAAGCAGCAUCACGCUCGUGGAGGUGGCCGCCCGGCUCGGUGCCGGGGCUCUGAAGCUACGAGAGCUGUGGCAGCAGGUCCACGAUGUGCCCGAGACAAUCACCAGGCUGCUACAGGAGAUCGAAAUCCUCGAACCUGUCCUCGAACAGAUCGCGAAUGAGGGAGGCAACCACCAUUCCGCGAGCGACACCUUCCGACUCAUUUUUGAUGUUUCCACAACCGCAGACGGCCAUGAAUACCAAGCCAGGUUGCAACUACCUUGGUGGCUAGUCACUUGGGCUUUCGACAUCCAGGCUUCCAAAGAACUGGCGGGAUGGAAGUACACUUUGCGGCUGUGGAGAACCAUAAGCAGAAACAGCGAAGUGUUUAACGCUGCAUUCUUAGGCAGAGUCGACGAGCUGCGCAAUAUGUUGAUUCGACAUGAAGCGUCUUUGUAUGAUCGAGACCCACAUGGUACCACCUUACUCCAUAGCGCUGCGUUUGGUGGGCAAUUGGAACUAAUGGAAUCUUUGAGAGCCUGGGGACUGAGAGGUCUCUGGUCUGAGCAAGCAGCGUCCUUGGACGACGCACUUACACCUUUGCACUAUUUUGUGUUAGGCAUAAAGCCCAUUUCCGUGAGGAUGGACGAGAAGCACAAAUUCUUGCUCGAACAUGGAGCAUACGAAGCAGACGGGCCCUUGUCGGGAAGCAUUCGACUGCAAGGAAAAUUCUACACACAUCUAAAGCAAAACAUGCGCAGAAGCUCUGAUGUUUUCCGUUUACUACAGCCGAUCAUGUUUCCUGACUUCUAUGAUCGCUGUAUCCACGAACGCCUUGCCGUGUUCUUCCUGGAGGAUGAGACCGAUUAUAUGGAGCGGGAAAAGGAGCCGAACCAGGAGUCGAUCAAGAAGACGAAAGGACGUCAUGGGAUAAGGACGUACUCUCCCAUGGCCGAGGCAAGAAGGCUCGUUCGCGACGUCGUUCCGCUGUUGGAUCAUCUUUCAAGUGUGGCGCCUCAACGACAUUAUCGCCAUGCCCCUAGAACAGCCCUGAUCAAUCUAAUCAUGAGAUGGUCAAGAGGAAACCGAGACUACUGGCCACUGGAGUAUGUUGAAGAUGUCAGAUUCCAUACUCGAUUAACUCCCUCGGAUGUGAGAAAAAGGCUCAGGGACACACUGGCAUGCUGGCUUGAAGACUUGAGAGCAUGCGGAGUGGACCUGGAGGCAUAUGGGUGCACCGAGAACCGAAUCUUCCGAGAGCACUGGUGUGUUAGAUACAUACCAUACUGCGUCGGCACCACGGUAGAUCAUACGGCAAGACUGCAGGAUUUCGACUACGGUCCGAACCCCGAAGAUUGGAAAUUCCACUGGGGUCCCGAUGCCGAGAGAUUUGCAGGUGAUUUCUGGGAAAUGGUCAACAGGCCUCCGCCUGUGAUGCCGGGGUCAUGGAUCGAAAUGGAUGAGUGA